AUGUCGACGAGAUUCCAGUGGUUGUGGAAGUCAAACCCAAAUCCCUGGUCUGUCAUAAACGAGUCUGAUGAAUGGAAAGAAUAUUCUGAUAUUGACACUGAAAUUAUUGAAGGAGCCCUUCAACAGAACUUGGAACAAGUUGAAUUAGAUCAGUACAUUAUUGAUUUAAAACAUCUGUUACAAAUAAAUAAACUCGAUAAUCACAAACAACGCCCAAUAAAACGAGUGUCGAUCGCUGUUGAGAAACACCAAUGUCUGAGACAAGAGCGAUUUUGUCUGCCACCUUCUCUACUUGAACAAUCAUCACCACCAAAAUCCUUUGAGGAUCAAGGCAGAUGGAUAUCUCCGAAAUUUGUGGAAGAAUGGACUAAGCGCAAUCCCCGUAUUACACUAGCAGCGCGCGUUGAACAAGCCAUUCAAGGUUUGUUGGUUGAAGGUGAGAAGUUACAAAAACUAUGUGAAGCGAAACAUAUUGUUAAAGAACUAAUGAAUGUAAAAGAUAAACAAUGGGAUGUAAUAUCAAAAUGUUGUGUUAAAAUCUACACCCGAGAAUCCUUUGUUUACAAGUUAUUAAACAGGACAUUAAGAGAAGGAGAUAUGACAAAAGUAGACACAUUAGGAGCGUUUUGUGAUUUGUUAUACAACAGUCCCUAUUCAUCACAACUCAAACGAAAUCAAUACAAAGGUCUAGUUUAUCGUGGAUGUAAUUUGGAUCCGGAACAAGUCGAACAUUAUAAGCAAGCAAUUGGUAAAGGUGCAAAAGAAUGGCUAAAUUUUUCAUCCACAAGCAAGAAUCGGCAUUUAGCUGAAAUCUACGGUAACACAUUAUUUAUAAUUAAUAUUCCAUCCAAGUCACAACCCCUUGAUAUAUCAGCAGUAUCAUUUUUUCCCGAGGAAGAAGAAGUUCUUUUCCCGGCUUCGUCAUGUUUUGAAGUUGAAAAAGUGGAAUAUAAUUCGAAUGAACAAAAGCAUUAUAUUUAUGUACGUGCUUUGUACUGA